GUAAACUUUGUGACAUCAAUGGGUCAAACUCAAACCUUUUUCUCGUCUUUUGUUUAAUUAAUUGUUUGAAAAUCUCAUUCCUCUACCUCCUCCUUCUUCGUCUCACGUCUCUGUUCCUAGAGAGAGAGAGAGAGAAAGAAAGGAAAGCGUUACUCUUUACCACUUUGGUCCAAAUCAAAAUCUGGUUUUCACUCAAAGUUUGGUUUUUGAUUCUUCUUUAGUGAGGAAACAGAGCAAACAAAAAUUCUUUGAAGAACUUUGAGUGAUGUCUUCUGUAGCAGUGUUAUGGGUUGCUGCUACUUCUCCAAAUCCAGACUCAAUGAACACUUGUGGGUUGGUAAGGGCUUCAGAAUCUUCCAGAGUGCUCUCUCGUUGUCAGAAUCAGAGAGUGAACCAUGUACUGAGGUGCAGAAGGGGAAGAGGAGGUAGUGUUGUGUCUUCAAGCUUAGUAGCACAUUCUGCAGGAGAGAUGAGCCUCUCAUCUGAAGAGAAGGUUUACAAUGUUGUGUUGAGACAAGCAGCUUUGGUGAACAAAAAACAGCUAAGGUCUACUACUUCUCAUGUUCUUGAUGAUGUGAAGAAACCACGGGAUAUUGUACGUCCUGGGAGUUUGACUUUGUUGGAUGAAGCUUAUGAUCGAUGCCGUGAAGUUUGUGCUGAAUAUGCUAAAACGUUUUAUCUUGGAACUUUGCUUAUGACACCUGAAAGACGCAAAGCUAUUUGGGCUAUCUACGUUUGGUGUAGAAGAACUGAUGAACUAGUAGAUGGGCCUAAUGCAUCACAUAUAACUCCCAUGGCUUUAGAUAGGUGGGAAGCAAGGCUGGAGGAUCUUUUCCGUGGCCGUGCUUUCGACAUGCUUGACGCUGCUCUCGCUGAUACAGUUACUAGAUACCCUGUAGAUAUUCAGCCAUUUAGAGACAUGAUAGAAGGAAUGAGAAUGGAUUUGAGGAAAUCUAGAUACAAGAACUUUGAUGAGCUCUACCUCUACUGCUACUAUGUGGCGGGAACCGUCGGUUUGAUGAGCGUUCCGGUUAUGGGAAUCGAUCCUAAGUCCAAAGCAACGACCGAGAGUGUUUACAACGCUGCCUUGGCCCUUGGUAUAGCCAAUCAGCUUACCAACAUACUCAGAGACGUUGGUGAAGAUGCAAGAAGAGGAAGAGUUUAUCUGCCACAAGAUGAAUUAGCUCAAGCCGGUCUCUCAGAUGAAGAUAUAUUCGCUGGAAAAGUGACUGAUAAAUGGAGAAACUUCAUGAGAAUGCAGCUUAAGAGAGCAAGAAUGUUCUUUGACGAAGCUGAGAAAGGCGUCACUGAGCUUGACACUGCUAGCAGAUGGCCAGUAUGGGCAUCGCUGCUAUUGUACAGGAGAAUAUUGGACGAGAUUGAAGCGAAUGAUUACAACAACUUUACGAAGAGAGCUUAUGUUGGGAAAGUUAAGAAAAUUGCAGCUCUACCAUUAGCUUAUGCUAAAUCAGUACUAAAGGUUUCAAGUUAAGAGGAAUAUUACUAAGAUAGCUUUUGUGAUUAAAGGAAAAGCUUAGGGUUGAAUUUAUGAUGUUGUAACUAAUAUAUACAUAUAAUGGUGUUCAUUUACUUUUCUAUAUGUAAAAAGUAAAAAAAAGUUAUAUU